UCUGCCCGUUCUUACAUUACACCUUUGACAGAAGACAUACAAGAAAUCUCACUGUACCACCAUGUGCUCCUGGAGAAACUACCCUAAGGCAGCAAUUAUGCCUGCAAUGUUUUUCCCUCUUUGUCCAGUGCUGCUAUGAAGUUUGAAUAUUCAGAGUAUGGCAAGGAUUCCUAAGAGCCUGAGCUCAGCUGGCAACCUGUCUGGGGGUGGAGGGCAGCCUGAGUGCCUGCAAGGGGCUGCUGCUGCUGCGCCUGCUGCUGCUCCUGUUCCCAUGAGAACACGCAGCAGCAUGCUCCAGGCACCCCACCUCAAACAGCACAAGGAUCCUUACUUGUCUUUAGUAUUUUCAAGCUAAUUGAUGGCUCUUCUGUCUUUUUCCUCUCUCCAUAUGGUCAUGUUUUUAAUACUGUUACUCCUUCUGCCUCAGUAGGUUUCUGCUAUCCUGAACUGCAGCUCUUUGUGCUCCUGAUUCACUCCAGUCCAUUCAUCUCUGUUUGGUGGCAGAGUGCUGUCUGCUGCUGGAUAUUGGGCUCUUUGUUUGUGCAGCCAGCACAAAGCUGGUGACAAAAGGACAGCCUGUGUCCCAAGAAGCCCACGUGCGAUAGGGAAGGCAGUGGAGAGCAAUAGGAGUGACAGACAGACAGGAUGGCAGAGGAGGUGAGUCGGACUGGAUAAACAGAAUGGUCCCGUCAGCAGAAAGCCUUUCCCUGCCUGGAUCCCCCACUGGCACUCUCACUGGAAGUUGCCUGCACCUCGUUAGCGGGGACAUAUUUCUCCUGCCUGUGUUAGCUUCCCCUCUUCCUGACUCUCCGGGGCUCAGCUUUAGGCACUGACCUGCCUUCAGAUGCUGCACAAUGGAGGCUGGCUCCGUGGUGCGGGCAGUCUUUGAUUUCUGUCCCAGCGUCUCUGAAGAGCUUCCCCUCUUCGUGGGAGAUGUCAUCGAGGUGUUGGCUGUGGUGGACGAGUUCUGGCUCCUUGGCAAGAAGGAAGGUGUCACAGGGCAGUUUCCUAGCAGCUUUGUUGAACCUGUGGAUAUUCCCCCUUUGAAGCAGGGAGAAAAACUGUUUGUUUGUACCAAUGACUUCACAUCUCAAGAGCCAGGGAGCUUGUCAUUGCAGAGAGGAGACUUGGUGAUCCUGGGGGGGUCCCUGGCCUCCAGCUGGCUCCAGGGCCGAAGCAGCUGGGGUUCCAAGGGCUUUUUCCCCUCAUCAUGUGUGAGGGAGCUGUGCCUUUCAGUUCAGAGACGUCAGCUGUCCCAGAGCCCUCUCCUGGAGGUGCCUGCCUACUCCUUGGGCCAAGCCCAGGCCCUGAUGGACCUGUCUGCUCAGCUGGAGGAGGAACUGGACUUCAGGGAAGGGGAUGUGAUCAACAUUGUUGGUGUCCCAGAGCCUGGCUGGUUUGAGGGUGAGCUCAGAGGCUGCAGGGGCAUCUUUCCAGAGGGUUUUGUGGAACUGCUUACUCCUCUGCGAGCACCAGGAACCUCAGUGGAUCCAGAGCCCACAGGGACUUGUGGCACCAAUGGGACAGUAGAGAUGCCCUGCAAAGAAGACAAUGAGCCAGGGAGUACUUAUGGUGUUGCCCUCUAUCAGUUCCAAGCCCUGGAGUCCAAGGAACUGGAUUUUGAUGUGGGUGACAGGAUUCGGAUUGUAGGCAUUCUGGAGGAUGGCUGGCUGGAGGGGGAGCUGAGAGGAAAACGUGGCAUCUUUCCACACAGAUUUGUGAGGCUGGAAGCCUCUGAGGCUUGCAUGGAAAAGGUGAGUGCUGGGGAUCUGCAAGGUGGAGGCAGUUGUGGAUUGAGCAUCCAUCAAGAUCCAGGAAGUACUUGCUCUGAAACUCCUCCUUUGCCAGGGAAAGAUAGCAGGGAAAAGGAGGAUGGCUUGGCUGCAUAUCCUGAGCCUGCCACCGUUUUGUCUCACAAGGCAGGGAGGUCAGAGGGUCCUCUUGGCACUGACUUGAGACAGCACCAGGCCUUUCCCAGCACAGGACACCAAGAGCCGCAUCCUGAAAGAACGGUAGGCUCGGUCCCCUCUAACCACAUGAAGUCAGUCAAUGGCAUUCUCCCCUCUGCUCAGCUGCCUCCCCCACAGGAUGACAGGCCUGGCCAAGCAGGUGAGCUGGAGCCUGGGGAGACUAUUUCAGCCACCCCAGGAAACUCAGAAACACACUCCCUCCCUAAGCAUGAUGGAGACAGCCCCACUGUGCCCUUGCAGGCUCCCCACUUCCCCCGAAACCCUUGCAGGAGCCAAGCGAUUUCAUCUGCUAAUAGCUGGGCAGCAUCCGAGCUCCAGGAGAGCCAGAGCAGGACCCAGGACCUAGACAGUUGGAUGGAUAGUAAACUGGAGAAGUCCAAGCCCUGUUCCAGCUUAGGAACUGCCCAGGUGAGCCUGGACACACGGGCUGGGAGCUGGGGGGAGUGCUACCCUCUUGCAGUGCAGGGGGACAGCUGCAUAGACCUGGACUCCAAACUGACAGAGCAGCUGGCCCAGUUUGAGAAGAGUCUGUCAAGUACUGGUGCAGAGCAGGACAAGGUCUCCCGUCACUUCUCCAUCUUGGACUACAGCUCUGAGAAGGACAUUGUCCGUGGGUCUCCUGAAUCUGUGUCCCACUCCAGGCAGGCAGAGAGGAGAAGGGCCCUGAGGCCACCCCCUCCUCGGCCCAGCAGCCUCACGACAGCCGCUGUGCACAUGCAGGGUGGCCAGGUGCCCAAAGGCAGGACUCUGUCCUUCUCUGUCAAACCCUCCCGACCUGCGCCCCGGCCUCCAUCCAGCAACCAGCGGAAAAAUGUCACCCCUGCACAGCUUCAGCCCAGCACCCCAGAGCAGCAGGUGGAGGAGGGAUGUGAGGACUUGACACAGGCAGGAUCAGCCUCCUCCAGCUCCAUCCUGCUGACUCGAAUUGGAGAGGUGGAGAGAGAUCUGGAGGCAUACAGCAAGACCCGUGCCGAGCUAAGCCUGAUGCUGGAGGAGCAGCAGGAUGAGCUGGUGAGAGCAGAGACCAUGGAAAACCUUGAUUUCUGUGACUCAAACAUUGAGAGCCUCAGCAUGGAGCUGCAGGAAUUGAGAGAGAUGACUCUCCUGUCCUCCCAGACACCAUCCCUGGAGCCGUCCUCGGCUGCCACUGAGAGCGCAGAGCAGAGGAUGCUGGAGAAGAGGGCCAAGGUUAUUGAGGAACUGCUCCAGACAGAGCGGGACUAUAUCAGAGACCUGGAGAUGUGUGUGGAGAGGAUCAUGGUGCCCCUGCAGCAGGCACAGAUGCAGAACAUAGACUUUGAGGGCCUUUUUGGAAACAUCCACAUGGUAAUAAACUUCUCCAAGCAGCUGCUGUCCGCCUUGGAGGCUUCAGAUGCCAUCGGACCAGUGUUCCUGACGCAUCGUGCAGACCUGGAGAGUGUCUACAGGGUGUAUUGCCAGAACCAUGAUGAGGCCAUUGCACUGCUGGAAACCUAUGAGAAGGAUGAGAAGUUGCAGAAACUACUUUUGGACCUGCUGGAUAGUCUCAGGAGCCUGUACAGUGAAUGGGGUUGCACAAACUACAUUAACCUGGGCUCCUUCCUCAUCAAGCCAGUGCAGAGGGUGAUGCGGUACCCGCUGCUGCUGAUGGAGCUGCUGAGUGCUACCCCUGAGGUUCACCCUGAUAAGGCACCACUCACGGCUGCUGUCCUCGCAGUCAAAGAAAUCAACGUCAACAUCAACGAGUACAAGCGCCGGAAGGACCUGGUGCUAAAGUACAGAAAAGGGGAUGAUGAUAGCCUCAUGGAGAAGAUAUCCAAGCUCAAUUUCCAUUCUAUCAUCAAGAAAUCCAACCGUGUGAGCAGCCACCUCAAGCAUCUCACAGGCUUUGCACCCCAGCUAAAGGAUGAAGCCUUUGAAGAGACAGAGAAAAACUUCCGGAUGCAGGAGCGUCUGAUCAAGUCCUUCAUCCGGGACCUUUCCCUCUACCUGCAGCACGUCCGGGAGUCAGCUUGUAUGAAGGCACUGGCAGCAGGGAGCAUGUGGGAUCUGUGCACAGAGAAGGGAAGUGGGGACUUGGACCAGUUCCAGAAAGUGAAUCGUCUCAUCAGCGACCAGCUCUUCUCCAGCUUUAAAGAGCGGACGGAGCGGCUGGUGAUCUCGCCCCUGAGCCAGCUGCUGAGCAUGUUUGCGGGGCCCCACAAGCUGGUGCAGAAACGCUUCGACAAACUGCUCGACUUCCACAACUGCACUGAGCGAGCGGAGAAGCUGAAGGACAAGCGAACGCUGGAGGAGCUGCAGUCAGCCCGCAACAACUACGAGGCCCUCAAUGCCCAGCUGCUGGACGAGCUGCCCAAGUUCCUGCGCUUCGCCAAGGAGCUCUUUGCCAGCUGCGUGCGGGGCUAUGCCGAGGCACACUGCGACUUCGUGCGCCUGGCCCUGGAGGAGCUCAGACCCCUGCUGUCGUUACUGAAGGUGUCUGGCAGGGAAGGGAACCUCAUUGCCAUCUUCCAGGAUGAGCACAGUCGAGUCCUCCAGCAGCUCCAGGCCUUCACCUUCUUCCCAGAGUCCCAGGCGGCUCCCAAGAAGACUUUUGAAAGGAAAAGCAUGGAACGGCAGUCUGCCCGGCGGCAGCCCCUCGCUGGCUUGCCAACCUACUUCCUGCAGUCAGAUGACAUCCGAGCUGCCCUCCUGGCCCGCUAUCCCCCAGAGAGUCUCUUCCAGGCAGACCGCAAUUUCAAUGCUGCCCAAGACCUGGAUGUCUCCCUGUUGGAAGGAGACAUUGUGGGCGUGAUCAAGAAGAAGGACCCCAUGGGCAGCCAGAAUCGCUGGCUCAUAGACAAUGGGGUGACCAAAGGCUUUGUGUACAGCUCCUUUCUGAAGCCCUACAACCCCCGCCGCAGCCAGUCGGACGUCUCUGUGGGCAGCCACUCUUCCAACGAGUCGGAGCACAGCAGCUCCUCUCCCCAAAGCAACGCCACCCUGACCUUCAGCCCCAGUGGGGCGGCCGUCACCUUCACUCAGAAACCCCUGCAGGACUCUGUCUCCCCAGCAGAUGUGUACCAGUCCCCACAGCCUCCACUGGAGGUGGACUCCCCCUCUGUGCCCCAGCUUGGCUCUGGCGACAGGACGGCCCCACUGGCUGGUACCGUGACGUCUCAGCGCCGCUACAGCCGCCCCGAGCUGGGCUGCAGCUCCAGCUCUCGCAACGGGCACCCCACCAAAGCACGUCUCAGGCCCACGCCCUCGGUGGAGGACAGAGACUCAGGGCUGGAGAACAGCGAGUCAGAGGGCAACCAGGUCUACUAUGCUCUCUACACCUUCAAAGGCCGAAACACCAAUGAGCUGAGCGUGUCAGCUAACCAGAGACUCAGGAUCCUGCAGUUUGAGGACAUCACAGGCAAUCAGGAGUGGUGGCUGGCUGAGGCCCAUGGCAAGCAGGGCUAUGUGCCCUCAAGUUACAUCCGGAAGACAGAGUACACGUGAGGCAGCAGACAGAGCCUGCACCCCAUGCCUUGUUCCUGCUGGGACUGCUAGGGUCUGGGGGAGGCUGGCCAGCCCUGCAGCCCCCACUGCUCACCCUUAAGGCUAUGCCUCUCACAGCUGUGCAGUGCUCCUGGGCCCCAAACACUGGCUGCCAUCGCCCCUUUAGGGGAGAAAGAACGGUGGGCUGGCCAGGUAGGCAGGAGCAGCAGCUUGUGUGAGGGCAGGGGUGAGUUCACCUCUGAGGUGUGUUUGAGCCUCCUGUGUCCAGGCAGGAGCAGGGGAGCAAAGCUUGGGGCUGUCACUUGCCCAGAAGGGUAAGGCUUGACUCAGGCUGAGGAGCUGCUGUAGAUUUAAAUUGUGGAAGGCUAAUGCUGAGUUUCUGGAGAUUGUCUUUAGUCAAGUAGUAUUAAAAGCAACCCAGAUUUUGUGAAUAUGCUCCCUGUGCAGCAGGAGCCUGGUCUCACCUGUCUCUGCAGGAUUUGGGGUGGGACAUUUACACACACUGCCUGGGGAAGCAGCUCUGAGGUUUGCUGGGAGUAGUUGAGCUACAGGCCUGGGAUGGGUAUGGCCUCUGAAACCCUCAAAACAAAGCUGCCAGCAGGUGCCUUCUCCCUGUGCUUGGUCUCCCAGGGGCUUGGCCUUUACAAGGUCUGCUGCUGCCAGCAACCAUCAGGUUCUCAGGUGAGCCAGAAGCCCAGAAAACCAUACCCCUAUCAGAGCAGUAUUGGCUGUGCCCAGGACCCAUCUUUGCACGGCCGUGCCCACCUGGCUGCUCUGAGCUGGGGCAGGGGAGAAGGCAAAGCACAAGCUGUCCUCCAGCCUGUUUUCUGGGGUCUGACCAGAAUUGCCUCACCUGUGCUUUCCUGCACGGCACUGGGGAGGGUGCUGACACUCUGGAGCAGCAGGACCAUCAUCCCUGGGAGGGCUGUGGUGCCUUUUGCUGGGUUGGUGUGUGAUAUGGCUACUGCCAUGUCCUGAAGGGAAGAGAUUCCCUUAAUGGGGCAGUGUUUGUAUCCCCUGUUCUGCUGCUCUGCAAAUAAAGAUUUGCCCUUGUGUAUAGAAGGUGCCUUUGCAAGUAUUGGGAGACCUGGGAGGAGUGACUGGCAGGUGCUGCAGCCUUCAUGCAGACCCUACAGGGCCAGGAACAACGUUUCCAUUUUGAUGGGGUCCAGCAUUCUAGUGCCUUGGUGUUUGUGCCAGCUGCAGCUCAGGCAUGAGGAAACACUGGAACCUUCUUUAUUAAGAUGAAGUGGUUGAACUGCCCUCUUCUGCCAGCUGUGUGUUACAUGACUCUGGGGCUCCAGGGCAGUAGGGGCUGGAGGGGUGAAUGGUUGCCACACUCUUAAGUGGGCACCUGCUCCCUGCAUGAGGAGAUCUGGCCCAAGAACAAAGAGUCACGGGUUUGUUAACAAUAAUCACCAUACUUUGUGUGUGCAUGGAUGUACACAGAUGUGUGCCUGCUGUUCUCCAGCUUGUUGUCACCACCAUCAGAUUUGCAGUCUGGAACCAUAGCCCAAAAUCUGCCCCACAAGUGGUUGUGAUAACCUCAGGGAGAGGCUCAUUUAUUUGCAAUACAAUCAAAGGGAGCAGUAGCCACAGGGAAGGCAGGCAGGCAGCCCUGGUUUUGCUACAGAGCCGUGUUCUUGCAUGAGUAGAGUUGUGGCCCCCAGUUUAGACUGCCCAGCUCUGUGUAACCUCUGUUGGCAGCUCUCCCCACCCAAGCACUAGCCAGGUUUAAAGCUAAACCGAGGCUUCUAUGCCUUGACAUCUGCCUUGUAGUUGGAAGACUACCAACAGUUACAAAAAGUAAAUAAAUUAUAACAUUCA